CCUUUUUAUAGAACACCGUAAUAACCAGAAAAGAUUGUGGGAAGAGCCACGUGUAGCAAAAGGACCAUUGCUCGCGAGCGCAGCGCACCGUAUCCUCGUCUCCUGCAGCCAUUGUUACCCAUCUUCUUCAAGCUUCGCAUACCGUCAAACUAUCCUAUAUGUGGUCUAGUCUCACUAACGGUAGCAUUCGAAUUUUACGUUGUUGCGUUACGCGUCGUCCAACUGUCCCCUCUCAACUUUCCACGUUCCCUGCUUUACAUCUCCUGGAGAACACAGUCCUCAAUAACACUAUGUCCUCCUCUUUUUCUUCUUUCGCUCAUUCAAAUAGAAGUGGAGGCAGAGGUCAAGAUAUGAAACAUGAUCGAGAAAGAUCCAGAGGCCGUGGCGGCGGCGGCAGCAAGGACAAAAUUGAUGCUCUUGGUCGACUCUUGACACGAAUUCUGCGACAUAUGGCUACUGAACUGAAUUUGAAUAUGCGAAGUGAUGGUUAUGUCAAAGUUGAAGAUUUGCUGAAGCUGAAUAUGAAAACAUUUGCUAAUAUCCCUUUAAGGUCACACACUGUUGAUGAUAUCAAAGAGGCCGUCAGAAAAGAUAAUAAGCAACGGUUUAGCCUUCUUGAGGAAAAUGGGGAGCUUUUGAUACGUGCAAACCAAGGCCACACCGUCACGACAGUUGAGUCCGAAAGAUUAUUGAAACAAAUCCUUUCAGCUGAUGAAGUGCAAUUUUGCGUGCAUGGAACCUAUAAGAGGAAUUUGGAAUCAAUUUUGGAGUCGGGUUUGAAGCGCAUGAAAAGAUUGCAUGUUCACUUCUCAAGUGGCUUGCCGAGUGACGGUGAAGUGAUAAGUGGUAUGAGACGAGAUGUUAACAUUUUGAUCUAUCUUGAUGUUAGAAAAGCUUUGGAAGAAGGCAUGAAGCUUUACAUUUCAGACAACAAAGUGAUAUUGACUGAGGGUUUUGAUGGGGUGGUACCUGUCAAGUACUUUGAGAAAAUAGAAUCAUGGCCAGAUAGAAAACCUAUACCUUUCUCAAAUGUUUAAAAUUGGAUGAUGAAAUGAUUAGUUUUUUUUUUACUCUCUUUUAAACCUGUGUGAUGACCAAAGUGUAUUGGAUCUGAUAAAAGAUGUUCAUUUUGUUUGAUAUUACAUCUUUGGCAUCCAUUUUUCUCCAA